GCUGAUUUACUGCGGCAGAUCUUUUCUCUCUUCGCUGAAUUAGCUGAAACCGUAGUGAAACGUGAAUGAAAGGACUAACAUGGCGAAAGAACACCGUACAUUCAAAGAGGAGUGCUCUUUCAUUGAGCGCUUAAACAAAAACUCGUUUCUUAUUAAGAAAGGCUUUGUCCCAAACAUGAAGGUAAGUGAACGCGCGCCAAACAUCGGAUCGGAAGCCCAACUCCAGCUGAGUAGCGUGCGCAUCAAAAUACACGUCCUACGAUGUAAUACGUGAGGAUGGUUAUAUUAUGCCAUGUAAUCUAAAAUAAAUCCCCAUACACCUGCCAUAUCCGUCAAAGUAAUUUGAAAUAAGUUUUGUCACGACGAAAAUUGGUUCAACUAGAUUUUGUUCACCCCCCCCCCCUUACACACCUUUUCAGCUCACGUUAUGAUCAAAUCCCAGCCCCCUGCCCCCCUCCACGUCUCUUAUGUCAGGACUUUUUCCUCUUUUUUUGUUUUUUUUUGUUUCAAUCAGUCAAUUCACGAACUGCAGUCAAACCUGUCUUAGGUGGCACCGUAUUUAAGCACUCGCGCUGUAUUGGACGCCUUAUUCCCGUGGGUGACGACUUAAUACAGGGUUGACCAAAUUGUAUCCAUUAUCCAUCUCCAUUUCCCCAAGUUGCAGACUGUGGCGUUUUUCUGUAAAUUGUUGCAAGAAUGUUCCAGUCAAUUAGUACCAUGGACAAAUUUUUACACACUCUUUCAGAUCAAGACUUGAGCUGUGCAUUGCAGCUAUUCGACUCCGAAGUUCAAACUAUUCUUUUCUUUUUCUUUUUCUUUAAAGGUUGAAGGUAUCUUCUACAUAAAUGAGUUGCUGGAAAAGCUAAUGUUUGAUGAGCUGAAGAACUGGGCUGGAACUCAAGGUACAGUACUCUGAACAUUUGGAAUAUAAUACUGUUGUAUUUGCUGCAUUUGUCUUAUUCCUUUUAUACAGUUAAAUUAAAUUGCUCUCCAGGUAUUGGUGGUUUCCUUCCUGGUGUAAAGCAGAUUGCAAAUGUUGCAGCUUUGCCUGGAAUUGUUGGUGUAAGAAUGAUCAUAACUUUUUCUUGUUGAAAUUAUAACUUAGUGUAAUUGAAACUUGUUCAACCCUGGGCCCAGUGGUUGGAAGGAUGAUAAGUGCUAACCCGGAGUUAAAAUUAAUUUUAAUCAGGGUGUGUUCAAUCCUUUGUUUAAAAGCCUUUUUAGUAUAUGUAAUCACAUGAGGCCAAGUACUAUCGAGGGCAAUUUGGAAAAUUUUGAAAACUCAAGUGCAAUUAAUCCUUAAUAGUACGAGGUCUCAUGGGAUUACUUGUUUAUCAAUAAAGGGCAAAAUUUAUACGAAGGAAAAUCACGCGCGCAGUCUAUUUUUAUCUGGGAAGCCUGUUUAGUGCUACGGCAAAUCAUCAAUCAAAUUGAACUGACCAAUCGAUUCAAUGAAAUUUUAUUCUCCAAAACUGUGUCGUGAUACACUGCCAAAAGUCUAGAAAACAAAGCUCAUUUCAACAGAGCGUUUCUGCCAACAGAAAAACAACAAAGUGCUUUUAACUGAACAAGGUAAUCGUGCCCUCUCUUGAUUACUAAAAAUGCCCUCGAUUAAGAAAAAAUGCCCUCUCUCUCAACCAAUCAGCGCUCAGUAAUUUUGCCCUUUAUUGAUAAAAAUAAUAAGCUAUAAUUUCUUUAGAGCAUCCAAUCAUCAAAUUGCAGACUAAAAGAAUUGUACAUACUGAAUUUUAUUUGAAAGCUUUCAGAUAUGAAAUUAGAUUUCACACUGACUGUUAGUUAUCUAAACUCAGCUUUUAACAAACUGACCCUGUACUCGUGGGAAGCAGAGAAAGUAUAAAGGGGAGAUGACAGAAGAGUUUCUUGUUAUACAGUUUGUGUUUCAUAGUAUUUUCACAUAAAGAUUUCACUUAAAGUGAUGCCAAAUAGAGCAUCCAGUUAUCCAGUCACAUCCAGUUAUCCAGUCACAUCCAGUUAUCCAGUCACAUCCAGUUAUCCCAUUAUUUCAGAAUUUUGGUUUGUUGAACUUUCUCUGUGGUAAAAUUUUAUUUCCUUCUCAAUACUUUUAAAUUCUGAAAUUAUAUGAGUCGAAUACCAGUAUCCUAAUAUCCUACUCAGGGAAAAUGCACAUAUUUUUUCCAGGCUAAAGAAGUCCUGAAAAAAGUACUUUCAGAAACAAUAUCAUUCAUCUUUAGAUGGAUUUGUCAUCUCUGAAAGAACUUGUCAUCUCGUCAAUAGGACUAUAUGAAUGACAAUAUACCCCCAGGCAGAGCUUUUUUUAUCAUCUUUUUUUUUUUUUAAGGAAAAAUCUGUAAUUUUGACAACAUGCCAAAGCAAUACCACCAAACAACAGUAAUAAAAAAAAGGCUAUGUAUCUCAGUUUCUAUUCUGAAAUGUUUACUCAUAUUUUUUACUUGGCCCUCAGAGAUCAGUUGGACUACCAGAUGUUCAUUCUGGCUAUGGGUUUGCUAUUGGUAAGUUACAACUCACACAUCUGUAAUAAAUAAAAUGCAAUGUCCAAUUGAUUGUAAAAUAAAACUCGGGUUUAAAAUUGGAUUUUAUUUUUUAAUAUAGGCUAAUUGCUCAGUGGUUGUUCUAGAAAAGUAACAGUAUGCUUCAACCAUUCAGAGGCAAUACUGAAAGCAAUCAAAAUUAAGUCAUUCUUGCUCUCUCAUUCUUAAAGUUGGUUGCAUGUUCAUAGUUCAUAGUCUCAUCUUUGUUCUUAUUUGCUACGGUAAUUACCCUUGAUUGGAAGGGAUUUUGCAAUUCUCUGACAAAGUAGUUAAAAACUGAUUUAAAAAUUAUAAAUACAAUUCCUUGAGAUGGAGUAAUCUUUCUUUUUAUCAACAGAAUUCUAAGUCAUAACAUUUAUGUGACUCUUAUGAGACAAGGUGCCAAAAGUGAAGGGGUGCUUGUCUCUCACAAAAGAAGUAAUUUGGAAACUCACCUUUGAGUAGGACUCUAUUUCUUUUUUUUCUUUUUUUUCUCUUUUUGUAGGGAAUAUGGCAGCCUUUGACAUGUCUCUUCUGGAAGCAGUUGUUUCUCCUGGUAAAGUUAAAAAAAAGUCUACUUCAUAAAUGAAUUGAUGAACAGAUUUAUUAAUGAUUGAUCAAAAUUAUAAGCUAGUGUAGCAAGACCAAAGUAGCAAUGAAAUACCUUAUAUGCUAUUCUUUGAGUUUGUUCUGAAUUGGUCAUUUUAAAUUAACUAGUUAUGCAAGAUGGUGAUGACAAACACAAGCCAUUUCUUUGCGUCGCUUUCAAUUGGCCAUAUAACAUGCAUAUUAUUUAAAAAUUGUUCAAGUCCUUGUGGCACUGAUCACAAAAUUUUUGACAACUUGUUGUUCUUGAAAUGUAUUUUUUCAUUGUAUGAUUACUUUAAAAGAAGUCUCCCAUCUAAAUCUGAUUUUAAAGAAGUUCUUAUUGUUUAUAAUCAUGAGAAGUACUCAUACAAAAGAUCAUCUGUGUUAGGUGGUGUUGGUUUUGAUAUCAACUGUGGAGUGCGACUACUGAGGACAAACCUUGAUGAGAAGGAUGUCAAACCUGUUAAAGAACAAUUAGCACAGGUACAGGGUAAAGUAAAUCAUGGUUAAAUUUCCUCUUCUUCCUUUUGACUGUCAUUUACCCCAUUUACCCCCUUGGUACAAAUUUCUUUCUCUCCCCACUCCUCCUCUGCUACAAGUAUCUAAGAUAUAAUUUUCACCUAGAGGAUACUGAGCACUCAAUGAGCACAGAGGACUUCAGUUAUCUGAAACAUUUGCAAACCAGCAAAACAUUUAAGAGAACUGUUUUAUUUUUUGUUUUAGUUUGUUUUGGUUUGUUUUGGUUUUUUGUUUGUUGUUUUGUUUGUUUGUUUGUUUUCAUGUUUCUUGUUAGUUAUGCUAACAUUUCCUAAUUUCCAUAAUAUAUAUAUUUUUUUUUUCCUUCUCAUUUCAGUCACUUUUUGAUCAUAUUCCUGUUGGUGUUGGCUCUAAAGGUGUUAUUCCCAUGGGUGCAAAGUAAGCUGAGUUUUUCAUCUCUUGUACAACUUGUCAGUCAAAGCUGUUUAUUCUGACUUCAGUUACAAGCUUAACCCUUUCACUCUCAAGAUUUCAUUGGUAAUUUUCCUUACUUUCUGUCAUACUAUCCCUAUGAUGAUAGUUUGGAGAAUUUGAUAUUGGAUCAACUGAUACCAGUGAUUCCCAACUUGAUAUUUUUCUUUAUCCUUAUUACUUGUCUGCUUGAUAGUAAAUUGAGAUUGUAAGAAGAAAUUCUGUCGUGGUCAUAACACUGUAUUGGGUCCAUUACUUUUUUUCUGUAGUCAUUUUAAUAUUUCUAAUCAUUUUCUCCAACAGAGAUCUCGAGGAAGCUCUCUCAAUGGGGAUGGAUUGGUCCUUAAGAGAAGGUUGGCCAUUUUCUUAAAUUUUCUUUUAGGUUGUAUUUUUAAGGGGGUGUCUUAUGAAAGCCAUGCAGUUUAUAGAAGGUGUGAGGAUGUUUUUAAUUCAUUUUCGAGUUGAUUUGGGUGAUGGUAAGUUAGGAAAUUCCAAAUAAGGGUGCUUAAUGGGUAGUUUUUAUCGGAAAGAGGCAAGUGAGAAGUGGACAACAGAGAAAGGGUCACUGGGAAAUUUAGAUAUACAUUGUACACGUGCCAUCUCAAAGAAGUAUUUUAAAAGAAUUUAAAAUUACGUUACCUGGUAUUAAGGUGAACAAAAUUGGAAGUUGAAAAUCGUGACGGUCAUAUUUAAGGUGUCACUGGUGUUCAUCUGAAGGCUUCUUAGUUAUAUGAAAUUUUGUCUUCUCAUUACAGGUUAUGCUUGGGCUGAGGAUAAGGAGCAUUGUGAAGAGUACGGACGAAUGCUGCAGGCUGACCCUGGAAAAGUUAGUGCACGAGCAAAGAAACGAGGCUUGCCGCAGGUAAAUACAGAAGCACAGAAGUUUCAUUUGUAGCUCUUACUGAAUAAAAUAAGCAGGAGCGUUCGAUACGAGCGUUGACUGCGCGACGAGGGUAGCGCAAUUGAUGACUGAUUCUUUGCAGCCUGUUGUGAAGGCGCUCUUUUAUCGAAAGUCCUCUGUAAUCAAAGGGAACGCUAUUACAACGAGCAAGUAGAACAAAGUCAAAUAUGGCAAGGAACCAGUGGGAUCUUAUUACGAAAUUGAGCAAACUCUACAGAGCUAGGGAGGGGGAGGGAGGGAGGGAGGCUACAUAUAGUACCAUGUCGCGACUGAUUUUAGAAUAAGUUGCGUCUGCAGGGCGUGAAUUUAACUUUUUUUUCUGAUAGCCACUUGGCUCCUAAAUUCUUCAAAGUGGUAGCCAAUUCAAAAAAAGUUGGUCGCCAUUUUCAAAGACAAACAAAAUCUUUCUUUACGCUGUCAGCGUUCUAGAUAGACUCUCCAAAAUUAAGUUCGGGAAAAGAUCUUUAACGUGCUACAAAGUGGACAUUAGGAUGGAUGAUAUACAACGUUCAGGCUCAUCUAAAUCCAAGAUGGCGUCUAGUUAUCGAUCGAGAUGCAUGUGCUACGUUUUGGAAACAAACUUAACGAGGAAGUUGGCCGCGGAUUUAUCUUUGCAAAUCUUUUUAAUUCACUGUUCAGGUUAUGAUGAAACGUUCUAGUCGCCAAUUUGGCGACUAACUUUCAGGAUUUGGUCGCCAAAGUGAAAAAUUUAGUCGCAUUGGCGCCUGUAUUAGGCGCAAUUCCACGCCCUGGUCUGAUCUUGCGAGAAAGUGGCACGAGUUUCCAUCCAUGACUGUACAGUGUUAGUAGCCAGUGGCGUCCAGAUCACUUUCGCCUUUCGACCAAAAUUGUUCUCAAACGUACAGAUUACUUCAAGCUCUAAGUAGGCUUUUACUUAACGGUUAAGUAAAAUGGUAAGUUUUUAGGAAAUUUGCGGUGCUGUAUCGUUAGGGGGUAUAGCAGGAUAAGAUGAUUUAUGAACUGAAUUGAUGUGUAAAUUAGCCACCGUUAAGAGUUCCUAAAGCUGACGUUUCGAACGUUAACCCUUUGUCAGCAUUAGAAACCCUAAAGGAUAACUGUUAUGGCUUAUCUUCUCCACUGAUUAGCUUGGCACUCUUGGAGCGGGGAAUCACUAUGCGGAAAUCCAGGUUGUGGAUGAAAUUUACGACAAUUAUGCUGCAAAGAAGAUGGGAGUUGAUCAUCUUGGACAGGUAGAAAAAAGGGCACUUACGUCUUAACCCUUUAACUCCCAGAUCAAAUUUGUAAUUCUCCAUACUGUCAACCAUACAAUUGUUAUGAUGUUAGUUCAGAGAAUUAUGUAUUGGAUCAACUAAUUAUCCGCAAAUUAAUAUUUUUCUUUAUUCUUUUCUGGUUGAUAUUGUGUUGAUAUUGUAAGUAGAAAUUAAGUCUUGGUCACUCAUGGGAUCUCUGACUUGCAAGGAGUGAGGCAUGUGAGCAAUUGAAGAUCUUUUAGGAAAGCUGCUUGAUAUUUCUCUUGAGCUUGUAGGAAAGAUCUUUUCUUAGUCUCUCUCGUUACAUUUCAAACCUCAUAAUAAUUAUCUCUCAGUUCUUGUGUUUAUCAAUUGUUACUCGUUUAGUUACCAACUACCACGACUACCAACUCGAACAGCUUCAACUGGGUCUCACUUAGAACUCUUUAGUUUAGGGUUAGUUUGGUUGCUAAUGAUCUUGUCAAUAACUGUAUAAUUUAUGUUUAAAAGGUUUGUGUGAUGAUCCACAGUGGCAGUAGAGGACUUGGACAUCAAGUGGCCACUGGUAAAUGGUUUAUAUACCGUUCCUCUCUUUACGAUAGAUAAAUGAAUGUAUUAUCGACUUAACUUAUGUCUCCACAGAAGGCAAGACUUGAUUAUUUUCCAGGUGAUCGCUGUCACCCGAGUCAUGCAUUCUUGAUUUCUUCGUUUUACAGAUGCACUGGUAGAAAUGGAGAAAGCCAUGAAAAGGGACAAGAUUGAAGUCAAUGACAGACAGGUUUGCUAACAGUGUAGUGCAUUUAAGUCUGUGCAUUAAGUUUGUAUUUUGUCAAGUACUCCACGACAAUUGCACUUGUCAUGGCCGUCUACAUUGACAAAGAAACUUGUAAUGACAUCUCUUAAAUGGAACUUGCUAAAGUAGAAUUUCCCUUAAGCUUUGUUUGCAGUUUCUCCAACAAGUAUUUUUAUCCAGGCAUCUAAUUUAGUAGAGUAGGGAUAACGAGCCUUGAUUAAUUUACCACAUAUACAGAAAUGAUAUCUCUAUACGUCAUUACAUGAGCAAUUGGUCCCAGUGCAAUUAUAGUGGGAUGGUUUUGGGGAAGUUUCGCCGUGAUAGGUGUAAUAUAAAUUGACUUUGUCUCUUUUUUCCGUUAUUGGUAUCUGUUGAGUCGAUUUUCACAUUGCGAUCAAUGGUCAGCUGAACGAACGGCCCUGUAAAGGCACGUGGAGAAAUAGUGCGUUUUAAACACAAGUGUUGACAACCAUAUAAUUGGUUCCUUUACAGCUUGCUUGUGCCAGAGUUAACUCACAAGAAGGUCAAGAUUACCUCAAAGGCAUGGCUGCAGCAGCGAAUUACGCUUGGGUGAACCGUUCAACGAUGACAUUUUUGACAAGACAAGCUUUCGGAAAAAUUUUCGAGAGUACCCCGGACGACUUAGACAUGCAAGUGAUCUAUGACGUGUCACACAACAUUGCAAAGAUCGAGGAACAUGUAUUCUUUAUUGUUAUUACAACAAUAUCUUCAGUUCUUUGGAUUAUAUAUAUAUAUAUAUAUAUAUAUAUAUAUAUAUAUAUAUAUAUAUAUAGAUCCACGAAACAGGCUUGUCGGGAAAAUGUAGUUGUGUCCUUUUUUCCUCUUAAAAUAUUUAUUCCGCUCUGCUUCAACGUAUUGAGCACUGUUCCACGCGAAAAUCGACUUGCAGACUCCCUAUACAUAUAUAUAUAUAUAUAUAUAUAUAUACACAAUUAUUUUAACUUUUGAAAUUACUUACUUACUUACCUUAGCUAGUAGAUUAGAUAUUGGACGGUGUACAGAAGACUCUCUUAGUACACAGGAAAGGAUCAACCCGUGCAUUUCCUCCUCAUCAUCCGCUUAUCCCAGUGGAUUAUCAGGUCGGCUAUUCACUGUUUACUACUCCUUUCGAUCGCAAGGUUUAAGGUUUAUUUUAUUUUACUUUUUUAAGUUAGAAAUCGUUGUUUGAGUGCUUACAGUCGUUCGCUCCGAGGUUAUUUUACUGGUCCAACACUUUUCGUGUUGGACUAUUUCUUUCCCAGUUUUAAUCGCAUUCUUCGUCACGUUCAUUCUCCCUUCCCUCCGUUUCCCUUCAAUCGCUCGAUGAUUGGAACCCGCAGAGCACCAUACUUCCUUUUGAGGGCAAGCACCUUUCUUGUUUUACUUUUACCUUCUUUUGUCUUCGGCUUCAUUUAUUCGCUUCUUCCUUGGCUCAAGUGCGCAAGCGGCUCAACAGGCAGCGGUUUGUUUCACGACUCAAAUCAAUGAAAAUUUUCUUUGCUCUUGCUGAGUUACAUGUACUCAUCGUCUUGUCCAUUAUUUUAUCAGUUGACUGGUCAACCUGUACUGAUUGGAGGAACCAUGGGCACGUGUAGGUAAGGUAAAGUGUAGGUGUAGGUAGGUAGUGUAGGUGUAGGUAAGUUAAAAAGUAUUCUCGGGGAAGUAACGUUCAAAGGUAUUGUUAUUAUUGUAGGUGUUUGGUAUUAUUGUUGGCGUUUUCGAUCCCUAUACAUAUAGCCCUAUGAAAAACACUUUUUCACGAGGGACGAAACUAUUGGUUAUCCUGGGCAGACAUGGAGACCCAAAUUGUUCCAUGUUUUGUUUCGUUUUCAGUUACGUUUUGACAGGAACGGAAAAGGGAAUGAACCAGACGUUUGGUACCACGUGUCAUGGAGCGGUAAGUUCAUAUAUUAUAUGCAAUAUUUUUUCUUGAUUUGAAAGCAUGAUGACAAAAAAAAUGCAAAAUGACCACAGCAUUUCCUGGUUUCAAACCUUGGGUUGGAUAAGGUUUGAAACGUGUAGGCAAAUAUGUUUGUUUGUUAUGAUUUUUUCUUUCCCAUUUUCCCAGAAAGUGUUUUGAAAUGUAUAUUUAUAUAUAUAUAUACUAUCUAUCUAUCCAUUUUUCUUCAGGGAAGAGCAUUAUCAAGAUCAAAGUCACGGUAUGUGUUAGUAGUACUAAGAAUAAAGUCAUCAGCUGGUCCAUCUUGACCUAGUCAUAAACAUAGUUCCAUUCAUGCAGUUUUAAUUUUCCUUUCCAUUCUCUUUCAGCCGAAAUAUUGACUAUCAAGAAGUUCUCGAUAGUCUUAAAUCCAAAGGAAUCUCAAUAAGAGUGGCUUCCCCAAAACUGGUUAUGGAAGAGGUAACGAAUCAGUAAAUGGCCGCCUUUUUUUAAAAUUCAUUUUCAUGCUGUAGCUUCCAUGGCAUUGCAUCAAAAGCUGUUGAAAUCUUAAAAAAAGAAAAUGUGCGUUAAUUCCGUGCAUUUUUGUUCACCUUUUUAACAGGCUCCUGAGUCUUAUAAAAACGUCACUGAUGUCGUUAACACUUGUAAGUAUAAGCGUCUCUUGUUGUUCGAUGUUACUUGCUUUUUGAGCCACUGUUGCAGAAUUGUGUUGUGUUGUCAACGGUUUAAAAAGAAAACAAUCCCUCAAGAUACAUUUUAA